ACUUCAAUCAACAAUCCUCAUCUCUAAAAGAGAUUGUAUGACGGUAGAGGGCGGGAGCUAAGCUGAGCUCUCAGCGGAGCAGAACCGAACCCCUGGCCCUGAACUGGUCUGCCCAAACCUCCGCCGGCGAAAUGGCGGCGGCGAUAUCUCUGUCGGCCCUCUCUUCCUCUCUCCUCUCUCGACCCUUCCACUCUAUCUACUCACCUGGACGCCGUCUACGCACGCUCCCCCGCUUGGUCGUCUGCUCCUCCCCCUCCAUAGAGUUCGACAUCUCCUUCGCACCGCCCAAGCCCCGGCCGAAGCCGGCUGCCGACCCGGGCCCCGACCCUGGCAGAGGCGCCGAGUUCAUAUCCGGGGCGGGGCUGCAGCUGUUCAUCCCGUGGAUAGUCCGGGGAGAGGACGGGAACCUGAAGCUCCAGUCCCACCCUCCGGCGAGUGUCGUCAACGCGAUCGUCGCCACUGAGAAAACAGGCAAGAAGAAGAAGAAGGAGGUGAAGGGGAGCGCUGAUGUGGAGCCCAAGCACUCCAAGGCCGCGCGUCGGUUCUACAACUCCAAUUUCCGGGACCAGCCCCAAAGGCUCAGCAAGGUCCUCGCCGCCGCCGGAGUGGCAUCAAGGCGCAGCAGUGAGGAGCUUAUCCUUGAAGGUCGCGUGACUGUCAAUGGUUCUGUGUGCAAUACUCCCCAGACACGAGUUGAUCCUACAAAGGAUAUCAUUUAUGUCAAUGGAAACCGCCUGCCCAAGAGGUUACCUCCAAAGGUCUACCUUGCUCUCAACAAGCCAAAAGGGUACAUCUGUUCAGCUGGUGCGAAAGAGUCAAAAUCUGUGCUAGAACUGUUCAAUGAUUAUUUGAAGAGUUGGAGCAAGUGGAAUCCCGGAGUACCUAAACCACGGCUUUUCACCGUCGGCCGCCUUGAUGUGGCCACAACUGGUCUAAUAAUUGUGACAAAUGAUGGAGAUUUCGCCCAACAUAUCUCACACCCAUCAUCAAACUUGACAAAGGAGUACCUUGCAGCAGUCGAAGGUGAAGUUCACAAACGGCAUUUAAUGGCCAUCAGUGAGGGAACAGCCAUUGACGGUGUCCACUGUACCCCUGAGUCAGUGGAGUUAUUACCAAGGCAGCUUGAUAUGCCAAGGCUUCGCCUACGUAUUGUGGUUCAUGAAGGGAGGAACCAUGAAGUCAGAGAACUCGUGAAAAAUGCAGGACUUGAGAUAUACUCGUUGAAGAGAGUCCGCAUCGGUGGAUUUAGACUGCCCACAGAUCUCAGGCUCGGGAAGCACAUCGAGCUAAAACCAGCUGAUCUUCGUGCCCUGGGUUGGAAGGGUUGAAAACUCAGCUUUCAGUUUCUGGAGUCCCUUUCACUUGAAACAAGGAUGAUGAGGUGGGACAAAAUUACCCCACGCGGGAUUCACAGACUCUUACCGCUUCUGCUGCUUUGAGGUUCCGUGAUACGUUCUCUGCAGCGGAAACUGCAUCCUUUCUCACUUAACCCCAUGCCCGAGGUCCUUUCUAGAGUUUGGUGUACGGCGAUUACAUUCACUUUGAAGGCCUCGUGUUGAGAUGCAGGAAUAUUUAGGACUGGUGCACAUCAUGCCAUUCACUUUGAUAAAAACAGUUAUGAUAUGUUAUUUUUCGAAAUACAGAGCUCUGCAGUGGGCGAUUAGGUCGUGAUUUAUUAACUUAGGUGUAUGAGUUUCUGUUUUAACUAUCAAUAAAAGAGAUACAUUUCUUUGAAGCUCA